CAACUCGUUGCUAAAUUAAAGUCCUCCACCCCCAAUUCCAGUUCAUUCAUUUUCUAAAAAUUACUGCAUUUCGUACAUUCUAUAUAUCCUCCCCACUCACUCCUCUCAUUCUCUUCUCAAUCCUGCCAUGUCCUUCUGGAGAGAAGCCGGACUUAACCUGCGCCAUGUGCUGCCCCGGGCUGGCGAGAGCCUUGGUCGUGCUCCCUCCUCACUAUCGCUUGCCAGCCGGUUCCCCGUCAAGUCGUCGCGGUCCAUGAGCUCCGGUCGUGCUUCUCUAUCAGUCCGGCGGUCUUGGGGGACUCCGCGCAUUCAGUACCAAGGGGUGUUUGGACGCAGGAGCUUUUCCGUCAGUGCCGGAGCACAGCACGGUCACAUCACGCCUCCCAAACCUGGCGAGGAGAUCAAUAUCUCUUUCAUCGACAAGGACGGCGCAAAGUACGAUUUUCAAGUCUCCGAGGGCGACAACUUGCUGGAUAUUGCACAGGCCAAUGACCUGGAAAUGGAAGGUGCCUGUGGUGGUUCGUGCGCGUGCUCGACCUGCCAUGUCAUCGUCGAGGAUUCCGACAUGUUCGACAAGAUGGAAGAGCCAUCGGACGACGAGAAUGACAUGCUGGAUCUGGCUUUUGGCUUGACGGAAACUUCUCGCCUGGGAUGUCAGGUGGUCAUGACUAAGGAGCUUGAUGGCCUUGUGGUUCGCUUGCCCUCAAUGACUCGUAAUUUGCAAGCAAGCGACUUCGAGCCGAAGCACUGAUCCGGUCAGCGCUGCGGAAGUUAUUCGACAGGUUAAGUGAUGUAUGAUAUGUCUUGCGUCUAUAGGGCAGGCGGCUUUUGUCACGGGUGACAAGGGAAUAUGUUUUUAUUGGAUAAUUCCGAUUUCUCAUUCAUCGUUUCAGGACAUGAGAGUUUUUGUAAAUAGAACAUAUCAAGUUUAAUGAAAAGA